AUGGCCAUGAAUGAGAUGAUGGCAGCACAAAAACCAAGAGUUGUUGGAAUGCCUCAAACUAGUUACAACUGGGAUCAAAGGGAUAUCGACAGAUGCUUGGAAAUUAACCUGGUUGAUAAGUUUGACAUCAAGAGUCUUCAGUAUUUCCGUCGCCGACUCUCUAGAUUGAACGACUUGUUUUUUUACAUGAUCUUGUUGACGUGUGGGUCUCCGUAUCGUUUAACGGAAUUAUACCUGGUUCUUAUUCGUAAUGAAGAAAGAUUGGGAAGUAAUGUGUUUGUUGCUGAUGGGAUGCUUGGACUCUUUACCAACAAUGGAAAGAACAGUAUGAAGUAUAGUCGAGAACGUCCUAUUCUCAAGAUGUUGCCCGAAGAGGUGUCAGAGUGCUUGGCUCACUAUAUCUAUUUUGUCCGGCCAUUCGAACACACUCUUGUCGAAUACCAAGAACAAACCGGUUCAUUGAGCCACACAGAGUUCAAGAAACUAAGUGAUAAAUACAAGCUCCAUUUGUUCGUGGGAGAGAAACAAAUCAAAAACAGCACUACUCUUGGAAAAUCGUUCCGUAAGUUCAUAAAUAAAACAACUCCAAAGCUUAGAGGAAUCAUGUACGGUGAAAUAAGACAAGUGCUUUCAUAUUUUGUUGGGGCGAACGUCUCUGGGAUGAUUGGAUUACAGAUCAAGAUUGACAACACCCUUGCCGAACAGGCUGGGCAUUCGUUUAGUAGGUUUGUCGAAAGUUACGCCACAAAUAGAGAUGGUUACAAUCAUGUAAUGCUUCAACGAAUGAGAGACUGUCUGGCAGCCUGGCAUACGUGUUUGGAGAUGAGUACUCUUCAGAUAUUUACGCCUAGCGUAUUUACUAGGAACGAACCACCGAAAUUGACAGGUGAAGAACUUAUAGAGGCUGGCAGACAGAUGUUUGGACAACACUUCAAGUUCAAGGAUGGCCAGCAACAGGCUACAUCGGAUGUGGCCAAUUGCUUCAGUAUGAUGGUGGCUAUUGACCUGGGUAAGACGACUUGUUGCAUUAUUGCGAUGUUGGCGGAGCGUACCCACAGUCUUCGCCAGACCGACCGAGGUAAAAAGACUCACUGUGUUACGAUAUUUGUGGUACCUUACAUUUCUACACUCAACUCCACCAUCCGCCAAUUGACCGAAAAUUUCAAUGUGCGUACGUUUGAUGGCUCUGUUGGACAGGUCAACGACUAUGAUGUGCUAUUGAUGCUGCUUGAAGACGGCCACCUUAGAUAUCUUAAUCAGGUAGUCAGACAUUUUCAGUCUACGAACUAUCAAGGCAAGACCUAUCUCCGCCGGGUAGUGGUUGACGAUGCCCAUAUCUUGCAGAUGAAACAAUAUGUGGUCGAUGGAAACAAAAAUGUACCUGUUGUAUUUUUGACGUCAUUUCUUCCACAGAAGGAAGACGCUACGAUGAGUAGAUUAUUUAAUAUCAAUUCCUUGGUAAGAGUGUCGUCACAGGAACCACUCUUACCACAUAAAGAAUUCACUCUUUUCAAGAAGCCUAAUACCACUUCAAUAUGUCAGACGGUUCUAGAAAAAGUUAGGAGUUUCGGUUCGGCAAUUGUGAUUGCUGAGUCUUCUGAUAAAGUGUCAUACUUGGUAAGUCAAAUGGCCGAUGAGGUUCCAUGUAUAGGUAUCUACGGAUCCCCAGUCAGCAGAACAGCUGCUUUGAAUAAGAUGGCCAGUGAGAAUAUCAGGGUUGUGGUUACUACGGCAGAAGCAGUGGUGGGUCUUCAUAUGUUGAAACCUACAACCGUCUUGUUUGCAUAUUCGAUUAAUAAUCCAAUAGAAUUGCUUGUUGGCAGUCAAAUGAGCAGUGGAAAGGUAGACAUGGUAUUGCUCAACUUUUAUUCGUCUGAGUUUCAACGAGACUUGUUGGAUACUUGUGUUAAUUUAAUGGUGACGAGACAUAUGCGUUUAACGGAACAAACUUGUUAUGAGGCUGGUAAGGAGCGGUGUCAUGCUUGUGUCAAAAAGAGAAGACAUGCUUGA